ACGACGAAGAUCGCAGACCGUUUGCUCCAACAUUGAUUACGUUUUUUUUUCGCAAGACUGUAAAUAACAUUCUAACCCUAGUGCUGUACUACCGUUGCCGACGGCAGUUUGAUCGUUGUUUGGCGAACUCCAACUCAGCACACUUCAAUUUAUACUUUUUCGUUUUCCGUCGACAUCGUUUAAUUCUUGCUUCGCAGCAUCUGACCCCACGACAACCCAAAGCGCUCCUCCAAAAUGGGCAAGUGCAAAACCGACCUUCAUCAGCACCUGACCGGUGCCGUCAACUGGAGCUACGAUGACAAGCAGGACCGAUAUUUCGCGAAGGGGGAGCCCACGUGGGAUCUGGAAAAGCGAAUCACCAAGGGCGAGAAGCAGGGAGCGCUGCCCAGUUCCAGUGUCGAGGAAUUUCGAAAGAAGGAUGCGAAGUAUAUGAACUUAUUCCGUUUUUGUCAUGCCGAUCUUGGUACACAGCACUGCACCCACGUAGACCUCCCGAGAGUGGAAAGAUCGUGCUUGACAACUAAAAAAACUUGUCAUGCGAAAAACGAAGGAACUAGAUUUUUGAUUGUCUUGUUCUUUCAUCAUCAAACUUAUCGCCUCAAAACAGGAAAGCGGAAGACCGAUUGCAGAGGCUAGCGAAGAUGCAGGAAGAAGAGGGUGUGAAGCCGGAAAAAGAACAAGAAUCAACAUCAGAGAAGGUCGUUGAAUCAACGCCAGCACCGGCUAAGAAGGAAGCUGAAGCUGAAACUGCGGUGAAAUCAACGUCAACGCCAGCAACCGAAGAGCCAGGCUUGGUCGUGGAGAAGAAGAAGAAGGAAAAGAAGGAAAAGCGGGAGGUAAAUACAUCACAUACAAUUGAUUUGUAAAGAACAGAAGCUGUACGGUGUAGAUGUACCAUUUGCUCCUGUAAAUGAUCAACAACUUCUUGAAUUAUACGCAUCAGAAACUUGCUGUAGUUUGACCUUUUGCAUCACAAAUUUUACCGUUUUGUCAUCAAAUGAAAACAGAAAUCCGGUGAUGAGGAAGCUCCAGCCGCGGCAGAACCAGCGACCGAAAGCGGCGAGCCCGCAAAGAAGAAAAAGAAGAAGGAAAAGAAAGAAUAAAUUGCCUGACGGCACUCAAAUUUGUUCAUGUUUGACAUUGGGAAACGGAAACAAAACGCUACUCAGAUUGGAUUCGAACAUGCACUAUCCUUUUGACGCGGAAUUACGAAUUUGCACGUGAUGAACAACAGUGGUCGAUUUCCACUCAUCAAACCAGCACCGGAGGACAUCUCAUGCUCAU